ACUUCAACCAAUCAUUUUUUUCAUCCAAUCAAUCAUUCAUUCAUUUAUUCAUGCAACCCAUCAAACUCGUUUCAAUAGGAAGAAUUUCCGUUUUUUUUUUUUUGUCAGCCUUUUUCAACUUGGUCAGCCUUUUCCUUCUGUGUCAUAAUGGUCAGCUCUUUAGUCAGCCUUUAAUGACCACUCAUAUUUAGUGUUUCGACGUAUCUAGUUUUCAGUCGAAAUAAAAACAAAUAUGGCGCGUGAUUUAAAUCAAUUUAUUACAGAUCAAAGAAAGAGUGAAAUUCGUUACUUAUCAGCCACCAAAUCGCUACUCGAAAAGUAUGAGGGUCUAGAUGAGGAGUCGGAACUUGGUGCAGUUUUUAACCUGUCUAACUACAAUAUUGUUAGGGACAGAGAUGGAACGUUCGCAAGCCAUGACAUGUCUAUUGGGAAACACAGCAUGAGUCAAAGGAACCCAGCAGAUAAAUCUGAGGACAAAUCAUCAGGCAGAAAGAAGACAGCAUCUCCUGGCUUAGUGUACACAGAUGAAGAGUUUGACACCACAUUUAACCUGCUCAAUGAUGUUUCAACAGAGCUGAUAGCAAGUUUCCUGGAAGAGGGCGGACAGGGUGAGCCGAGUGACGCGGAAACUCUGAACUCGAGUGACUCGUAUGAAACAGUUGACAGCGAGGAAGCAGAAACAGAAGGGAGCUUGGGAGUUGAUGUUCAGAGGGAUAGACCUGGCCAGGGGAAUUAUGUGAAUGUUGGCUCAGAUGGAGAGGACAGUGUGGAUGGUGAUUAUGGGGACGGAGGUGUUACAGCCGGCACGGUAGGCCAGGCCAGUAUGUCAAUGAGAGGACCUAACCUUGACCUUAGUGACUAUGAAGACGAGAGCUCUAGUGGCAGGGGGGAAUUGCAUGAGCCCACGUCACAACAUACAGAUCAGUACAAGAAUUUUAAACCUGAGGACAUGCAGCAAAUACCUAGUGAAAUCAAUAACAAUAUGCACUAUGCAGAUGAAAUUAGUGGCAACUUGCAUCAUGGUCAAUCUCCUAUGAAACGUAGCAGCAGGGUGGAGAGAGGUGGUGAAGAAAAGGCUGAACAGUUGAAAUCACCUAAGACUAUCAAUGAAAUAUUUAAUUCGUUGAAAACAAAUGACAACCUUAGCACUAGGAGAACUGAUUUUGAUGUCAGAAAACCUCAGUCCACAAAUAGACUAUUGUUACAUAGUGUUUUUUCAGACAAAAGAACUAAAAUUGAAAAAGUGAGAGAGAAACAAGCUAAAAGAAUCAGUACACACUUCACACCGUUCAGUGGAUUGAGUGAUAAAGACAAAUUGUUUAGAGGGAAUCCAGUGUUUCAAAGUCCAAAAGAACAUUCCACAUACACUAGUCAGGAAGUUCAGCCAGUAGGGCACAAGACUGGCUAUUCAUCAAAAAAGUCGGAUGCAACUUACACCUUGCAAAAGAAUAACGAAAAAGUCUUUAUGUCAUCUGGACAAAUAUUCCAGUCUCAUUCCAAUGCAGGAACCAACAAGAAUGAAAGACAUUUCUCAUCACCAGGACAUAAUAUCCCAUCACAGUUCAAUGCACCAACCAAUCAGCCCCCUGUUGGUCAUUUUUCAAGUCCUCGGGGACAGAAAUUGCAGCAUUCUUCAGCUAAUGACCUUUCACCUUCAGUUAGGAAGAAAUUGGUGAUACACGCAGGUUACGAAAAUGCAAGAGAUAGUCCAAGUAAUCCAAGACAUAAUCAUUGUGAAACAAGAGAUAGUCAUGGUCAUUCCAGAGAGAGUGAUUGUGAACAAAGAGAUAGUCAUGUUAAACCAAGAGAGGGUCUUUUUGAACCAAGAGAUAGUCAUGUUAAACCAAGAGAGGGUCAUUUUGAAUCAAGAGAUAGUCAUGUUAAACCAAGAGAGGGUCAUUUUGAACCAAGAGAUAGCCAUGUUAAACCAAGAGAGGGUCAUUUUGAACCAAGAGAUAGUCAUGUUAAACCAAGAAACAGCAAUUGUGAACAAAGUGAUAGUCAUGGUAUACCUAGAGACAGCAGUUGUGAACCAAGAGAUAGUCAUGGUAUACCUAGAGACAGCAGUUUUGAACCAAGAAAUAUUGAUUGUAAACCAAGAGAUGUUCAUGGUAAGCUUGUGAACAGGGAAAACAAUACACCAUUCCAUUUGAAACAGGCUAGAGAACAAUUUGUACCACAUUUCAAUGAGGUCAAAGCACAGUCAUCAGAUAUUAAAGGUUUCAACGAACAGGAAUCUGCAUUAAACACAGUUGUUGAAAGCACAAGUAAAUCUUUUGAUGCAUCACAUAAAAAUGAAGGUUCAGGGAAGCUAACGAUUCGAAACUUAAAACAGUUUGAUAAAGUGAUGAGUGAACACUCGUUAUUAAUGAAUGUGUCUCUGAACACUUCUCAGAAAACUGAACAGAGUUUCGAAGAGGAAUCUGUGGAUAGGGUAGAAAAAUGGCUGUUUGGUAUUUCUGAUCCAGACUCAGUCCAUUACAAGAAACUCAAUAAUACCACAAUGAAUGAAAGUAUGUCCUUUCAGCUUCCUAACAGUGCAAACAUUUCCAAAGAGCAGAUCAGUGAUAUGAGAUCUCUUAAAAUCAAUACUGCAAAUGAGGAUAAUCAAGAACGAUUUCGUCUAAGUGAUGACAGACAUGCUCAGGAACAAACUUCUCAGGGUACAAUGUUAGUAUCUUGUCCGCCCCAGCAGUCGAGAAAUCCAGAUAAGCACUUCCAUGGAGAAAAGCAAGACCAGGGUGUAGAUGGACAGGCUGGGCUAGUUUCAAAAUUGAAUAGGAGUGUACAUGAUCAAACUAUUGUGCAAAGAUACACUCAAAAAGUGUUGACUAAAAGCAAUAGACCCAAGAAAUCAACACCUAACAGUACUGGGAAAGAAAGGAAAGGUGUUUCCCCAAAACAAAAGGAGUUUGUCUCUCCAAAACAAAUGGCAGGGAAUUAUAAUCAGAACUGUGUACAAAGAAAUGCCUUUUCUCCCAAGAAUCAAUAUCCAGAGAGUAGACAGCUUGUUGACUUUGAUGUUUGGGCCAAAUCCGGUCAUAAGGCAUCACCUUACAAGAUGGAUUUGAAAGCAAGGGAGUCAUUUGAAAGUUGUAAGUCUUUUGACAUUAAUGAGCAGUAUGGUCAAGUUGAAGAUGUGACAAGCAAUUCUGCUGAUGAUCUACAAAAUGUUAGUCUGAAAUAUGUUGAUGACAUUCAGGAUGAGUCCGGAAAUACGUACAAUCUUGUGUCAGUUGAAAAUGGCGGUAGAAUUAGACUGAAAAUCAAGAGAAAUUCAAAGAAUGUUUCCCCUAAGACUAGACUUAAUGAGCAACAAGUGGCUGAAAUGAUGAUGAAUACUGAGCAUGAUAGUAGACCAAAUGUGCAAAGAAAAGAUCGGGAGACGGGAAAAGCAAAGAGGCAUUUGAGUGGGAACACUAGCCGUGAGUAUGAAUAUAUUGACCAUAGCGGGAGACUGGUAAAUGAUAAGGUUGUCCCUACUCCCCCUAAAGCUAGGAAGCUAAGUCAAGGCUCAAGGCAUGUGGAAAAUUUGACCAGUGGACAAUUUAAGGAAAAAUAUCAAAAUGACAGGCGUAACUCACUGGAUAUUUUUAUGAAGCAAACUGGUAGGAAUUCAUCUUAUAAUGCUGAUAAUCAGAAAAUUGGACCUGCCUUUGGAGAUGUCAGUGUAAGACAACAUGAGCCAAACGUGAAUUUCAAUGUUGGGGAUAGAGUUAGACCUGUUGCAUGUGUUGAACAGAGGAAAAUUGAACCAAAAGAAAACAGGUGGCAACAAUUUUCUCCCAGUAACUUCCCAAAUAAUGCAAAUGUGUCAAAAGAACAUGUUUACUCUCCCAGUAAUAUCCGAAAUAAUGCAGGGUUUGAAAAUAGGCAAAGACAUCAUAAUAUGAUGAGUGAGAGACAAUCAUCACAGCAAGACCUGAUGUCACCUACCAUACAUAGACACAGACAUGAUGAAAAAGAAGAUUUUUCCCCAAGCACUUCUUUCAGUAAACUUAAGCUUAAUACGCCUGGGUCCAUGGCUAGGAAUCUCAACAGACAAAGACAGAAUGUAGAUAAAGAUGAAUAUAUCAUUGAAGAUAGCUUUGCUCACCCAUUAGGUGGCUAUGAUGUUCCCCAACACAGGUAUGAUCAUCCACAAGACGGAUUUGAAAGUCUUGUUCAGAACAGGUCUGGUCAGAAUUUGGACACGCAGGUGGAAGCCAAUGCUAGUGCAAGUACACAUGUUUAUAUGGCAGACUCGGCCUAUAAAACUGUAAAUCCUCCUGACAACCGCAGGAUGUCGAUUAGUUCUGGGUACACUGAUGACACAGUUAGGCAGAGAAUUGAUAAUGAAAGAAGGGUAUCCGGUGUUUUUAUUCAACCAGAAGGGAGUGUGAGUGUAGUUAGACAAAUAGAUACCCUGCGACAAAACAGAAAUGCUAGAAUUUCCCAAGGUGAUACCGAAAGAAGAAACAGCCAAGGUCGUAGAGAAAGUAUGGAGAGUCAGUUUUACAACAGAGGAAGAGAAAAAUCUCCUGGGUUUGUUAGUAUAGAUAGUGUGUCGGAUAUUUCUGAUCAAUUCAGAGUACAAAGACAAGAAGGGAGGGUUAUAAAUCAACCUAGUAGAAAUGAGCAAGUUUGUGUCAUGGGUACAGAUAGGAUUGAAGGUCACAGGGCAUCCACAAAUCUACCUAACAACCAACAUAAGAUUAUCAGGAAGGAUUUGUUCUGUGCUAAAGGAGAAACCAUUCAAAUACCUUCCACUUCAAGGGUCGGCCAGGUUGCUCAUGACUUUAAAGUUCCUGUGAGCCCACCUGUUAUGACGGGAAAUGUAAUAAAAAAGGGCAACAAAGAGAAUGAAGCUUUAAAUAAUCGAAAAUCUCAGAAACUAUGCUUUACCAAAGCUCAACCGUUGAGCAAUAGCGAUCAGCUAAGGCGUCAUUUGAUGUACAAUGCUGGAGCCAGGCCAAAAGACACAUAUGCACAGAGUACGCCUAUAAAACCUGGGUCGAAGCUUGCAAUGGACGUGUCAAUGUCAACUAUUAUGGGAUUUGACGAACAUCAUAAUGAGACAGAACACAAUGAGGAAGUUGUGUUAAUUUAAAGGGAAUCUCUAACAGUUUAUUUGUUCAUACAUUAAAAGUACAAUUUUUUUUUUAAUGAAGGAUACUUGUAACAUGGUAAUUGUUAUCAUCAGAGGUUCAAGAGAUGUUUUGUUAGUAAAUAUUUUGUAAAUACUUCCUUAUUUACCAAAGUGUUAACAAAAAUGAAAACUGAAUGGUUGAAAUUUAUGAAAAUCUUCCUAAAUAACUUCCCGAGGAAUGUAAGUUGUUGUUUCGCGUUUAUUAAAAUGUCAUGUUUACGUUUAUGAGGAAAUAAGUUGAAUUAAUAUAUUUCAUUCACCAAUAAAAUUCAUACAUAUUUGCUUUUUAUCCUUGUUUAAGAUUGUUAUUAUAUCACAGUAAUUUGUUUAAAAACUUGUAAUAAAAACAAUACAAAUUUUAUUUUAAUAUUUAAAACUAGGAAACUGGGUAUGCCUGUUUAAACUUUUAUUUUUUUUUCAAUGGCUACACUGAUAUAAGAUCUGAUUUUAUUAGUUUCCCUACAUUAUUGAUGAUAGACAUAACUCAUUGGAAGUUCUUUUCUUUUAUUGUAUCCACUAUUAUGUGAAAAAUUUGAGUUUAAAUAUGUACUGAAACUAAAUGAAUUGUUGGAAACACGAU